ACUGCUCAACAGAUAUCAAAUCAUCCGUACGUGACGGAGAACGAGGCGUGCAGUCCCGUGAUCUCGGAAACGCUCUCGUUCCUACGCGACGUGCAGAUGAUGACGAAGGAAGGAACUGAAGACAAGGAAUUCGUGACACCAAGGAUUGCCUACCCGCGGAUCCCACAGGACAUUCUUUUUGCUAUUGGCGGAUAUCGUUACGGAAGCCCGGAAUAUGAGAUUGAAAGGUCCCUGUCAGAUGUGAUCGAAGCUUACGACACACGAGCAGACCGGUGGAGUGUGGUGGAGGGGGUCGACUCGAUCGGACCGCGAGUCUACCAUGGCACGGCAGUAAUCGGUUUCGACAUUUACGUCAUCGGUGGUUACGACGGCGAGGAAGUCUUAAAGCUCAUGUAACUGCUUCAACGCUGUUAUGAAGACAUGCCGCGAGGUGGCGCCUAUGAAUACCCGAAGGUAAGAUGCAGAUCGGUAACUAAGGAACUCCUUGGAGCGGUUUCCUUCUUCAAAAGCUGAUAGUCGCCCUGUUAGUCUAGAUAUAAAUAUGGGCAGGGACUGUAAAAUUGUACCACUCACACACAGGAGGACAUUUGCGACAAUGCUGGUCGUAAGUCAAACACGAAUAAAAGCCAAUCACAGACUUCGUUCGUAGAUUUUCCAGGUUUGAUGAUGAAUAUGAUUUGCUUGUUAAUUCUUUUGAAUUACGAUUUAACAAUGACGAACGAACAAUUGCGUUCUGCGAGAGGAAAUGCAUCUGAAUCAGAAAUAAAUGAGCAUAGCAGAGCGUGUACUUUUUUUCGUUUCAGAUGCAGUUUAAUUGCGGCAGUUCUGCGAGGUGCAGUGUACGCCGUGGGCGGUGGCAUUGAAAUUGAGGAACUCAGAACGGCGGAAAAAUAUGACCGCAAGACGAACCAGUGGUCUUCGAUCGCUCCUAUGAACUUAAACCGAUGGGAUGCAAGUUCGGCUGUGCUGAAUGGUACGUAAUUCCUGUGAAACCAAAAUUUGUGAAUUAGUGCAGAAGGCGAGGCGUCUGUCUGUCUGUCUGUCCGCGUGU